GCCCCGCGCGGGUCCGCAGGGCGCGGCGCGGAGGCGCGGCGUGCACGCUCGGGCCGGUCUAUGCGGAGCGGCGGGGGCUGCCAUGGGCCGGGGGCUGCUCGGGGGCCUGUGGCCGCUGCACAUCGUCCUGUGGACACGCAUCGCCAGCACGAUUCCGCCGCACGUUCCCAAGUCGGUUAACAGUGACGUGAUGGUCACUGACGACAAUGGUGCUGUCAAGUUGCCGCAGUUGUGUAAAUUCUGUGAUGUGAGAUUGUCCACCUGUGACAGCCAGAAGUCCUGCUGGAGCAACUGCAGCAUCACGGCCAUCUGUGAGAAGCCGCAAGAGGUCUGCGUGGCUGUCUGGAGAAAGAAUGAUGAGAACAUCACGCUGGAGACGGUCUGCCAUGACCCCAAGAUCGCCUACCAUGGAUUUGUCCUUGACGACGCUGCUUCUCCAGAGUGUGUUAUGAAGGAAAAAAAGGGGUCUGGAGAGACUUUCUUCAUGUGUUCCUGCAGCUCCGAAGAGUGCAACGACCACAUCAUCUUCUCUGAAGAAUACGCCACCAACAACCCCGACUUGCUGUUGGUCAUCUUCCAAGUGACAGGUGUCAGCCUCCUGCCGCCGCUGGGCAUCGCCAUUGCUGUCAUCGUCACCUUCUACUGCUACCGCGUCCACCGGCAGCAGAAGCUGAGCCCGGCCUGGGACUCGGGCAAGCCGCGCAAGCUGAUGGAGUUCAGUGAGCACCUGGCCAUCAUCCUGGAGGAUGACCGCUCUGACAUCAGCUCCACCUGCGCCAACAACAUCAAUCACAACACGGAGUUGCUGCCCAUUGAGUUGGACACUCUGGUGGGCAAAGGGCGCUUCGCCGAGGUCUACAAGGCCAAGCUGAGGCAGAACACGUCUGAGCAGUUUGAGACCGUGGCCGUCAAGAUCUUCCCCUAUGAAGAAUAUGCCUCCUGGAAGACGGAGAAGGACAUCUUCUCGGACAUCAACCUCAAGCACGAGAACAUCCUGCAGUUCCUGACAGCUGAGGAGCGCAAGACGGAGCUGGGCAAGCAGUACUGGCUGAUCACCGCCUUCCACGCCAAGGGCAACCUGCAGGAGUACCUGACGCGCCACGUCAUCAGCUGGGAGGACCUGCGCAGGCUGGGCGGCUCGCUGGCCCGUGGCAUCGCACACCUGCACAGCGACCACACGCUGUGCGGCCGACCCAAGAUGCCCAUCGUGCACAGGGACCUCAAGAGCUCCAACAUCCUGGUCAAGGGAGACCUCACCUGCUGCCUCUGUGACUUCGGCCUCUCCCUGCGGCUGGACCCCACUCUGUCUGUGGAUGACCUGGCCAACAGUGGGCAGGUGGGAACAGCGAGAUACAUGGCUCCAGAGGUCCUAGAGUCCAGGAUGAAUCUGGAGAAUGUCGAGUCCUUCAAGCAGACGGAUGUCUACUCCAUGGCCCUGGUGCUCUGGGAGAUGACGUCUCGCUGCAGCGCAGUGGGAGAAGUGAAGGAUUAUGAGCCUCCAUUCGGUUCCAAGGUGCGGGAGCAUCCCUGUGUCGAAAGCAUGAAGGACAACGUGUUGAGAGAUCGAGGACGACCCGAAAUCCCCAGCUCCUGGCUCAACCACCAGGGCAUCCAGAUGGUGUGUGAGACAUUGGCCGAGUGCUGGGACCACGACCCCGAGGCCCGACUCACGGCGCAGUGUGUGGCCGAGCGCUUCAGUGAGCUGGAGCAUCUGGACAGACUCUCGGGCAGGAGCAGUUCGGAGGAGAAGAUUCCCGAAGACGGCUCCCUGAACACUACCAAAUAGCUCUUCCGGUGGCUGGCCGAGUGUGGCUGCCCCUGUGGCCAAAGAACAGAGGCAGCAGGAAGCUGCCCCUGAACGAUGCUUCCUGGAACCCCGGGGCUGCUCCCUCCCCCCCGAGCUGGGGAGGGGGUGACAGGAAGCGUCCUAUGUCUUUGACUUUGUCAUAGGAUAAGCUGUGUUAGCACUUCCUCAGGAAAUGAGAUUGAUUUUUACAAUAGCCAAUAACAUUUGCACUUUAUUAAUGCCUGUAUAUAAGUAUGGAAUAGCUAUGUUUUAUAUAUAUCUAUAUAUGUCUAUAUCUAUCUAUACAGCCAUACUCUAGAAAGAGGUGAGGAAAAAGAUCAAGUAUGCCCAAGAAAUGGGUUGGAUGGGCGAGCUUGGCACUGAGCACAGAAGGAAGGGCUCUGGGGCAGCCUCAGCACUUGGCAGUCACUCGUGUGCUGGGCCUCUGAGCACACGGGGGUUGGGGGGGCGGGGGGUGCAGUCUUUGCCUUCAGAGAGAGGCUCUAGGUCUCAGAGCCUGCUGUGGCCAAGUUGCACUUGCUUUUGCAAAGUAAUAAUUCCCUGUACUGGGUCCUGUUCUAGCCAUGGAGCUGAUUGGAGUCGCACUGUUUGGGGACCAGACCCUGGGGUCCCCGUGUGCCAUCAUCUCUCCUGGACUUGUCACCGGAGCUUCACGACCCACCUCUGGUUUGUGAACCUCCUUCCUCAGCUAGUUCAGAAACUUUGCCCCAUUUCUAAUUGCUUAAAUGUUUUAAGCCCCAUGUUUUACCUUCACAGGCUACAGAAAAAUCAGGACACAUUUCCCCACCCAUGAAAUUGCCACACCUUCUACUAAUGAGAAAUUGUUAUUUUUUAAAAAAUUCCCCCCCAUACCUAUGUUAUUGUUCCCUGUUUCCUAAAAGGGAACAGGUCUCCCUUCCAGGUUCUUUAUGUUUAGUUUGUUAUCACUCUUGGUUUCAGUCUCCAGCUUUCUAAUGCAACACUAGUAGGUUCUGUGCUCUGGGCUUCAGGGGACUCGAGCAUAUUUUAGCCAAGGGGAAAGUAUUUGAGCAGCACAGCACUGCCACAGUCAGGAGUCUCCUCAGGCACUCUGAACGUGUGUUUUGCUUGGCCAGCACAGUGUUUAACAAAAUCGAGGCACUUUUUAAAUACUUGGAGAUUUUGCAAAAAAAAAAAAAAAAAAAAAAAAAAAGAAA